UUUUUCCCGAAAUGUUAUUAUUGCUAAUGAAUUCUUCAGUGGUUUCUCUAUGCUUGAUUUACAGGAACACAGUGCACAGUUUCCGUAACCGGCACUCACAGGAAAUUAGACAAAGUGUUUUCCAUAUUGAUGACUCAACUGACAAACAAAAAACACCCUCAUCUAAGACAUCCACUUUAGCGGUUCCUACAUCCAGUUCAUCUCAAAGCCCAGAAUCCCCUGCUAAUGCCAGGUCUGAGCAUGAUCUCUCCACCAUUUCACCAAUCAGAAAGAGUAGCAAAGAAAAGUCCACAUCACUGGAGCUCAAGGACACAUCUCGACUUCAACAUGAAAAACUUUACCUGGCAGAAGAGGUCAAAGCGCAGAAGGAGUUGGUGUUGCUGUUACAUAAGGUGCUAGAAGCUGCUCAGCUGGAGAAGCGCACCUGUGCUCAGUUUCUAGCCGCUGAGGGAGAGCAGGAGCGCUUGGAGCUCCUCAGACACGGCGAGCAGCGUGCGGCCGAACUGCAAGACCAUCUGGAGUCCCUGCAGCAAGAGAACGAGAACCUACGGAGGGAUCUGAACCAGAGGGACGCCCAUAUCGCCGAACUCCAGGAGAGCGUCCAGCUCCUGAUGCACAAGAAUCAGGCCAAACAGGAAGUAAUAGUGAAGCUGUCUGAGAAGUUAGCAGUCUGUGGGGAAGACCAGCAGUGCACCAAUGGGCUGCAAUCAGAGGCCUUAAAACAGCUAACAAUCGAGAAUGAGAAUUUGAAAGAUGAUUUGAAGGCACAUAAAACUCAGAACCAGUACCUAAACUCUGAGAUCUAUCAUCUGACGACACUUUGGAGAAAAAGUUGCGAACAGGAGCAAAGUCUGAUAGUAAAGUGUGCUGUUCUGGAGGCCAACAGCUGUCAGAUGGAAAGCAGAUACCUGGGAAUCCUCCAGAAGCUCCAGGAUAGUAAGGAAUUGAAUCCAGAGCAGAGAGAAGUGGUCAAGAAGGUGGUUAAGGAUGCAGUUCGGUCAGACCUGAGGACUGCCGUCAAACUAAACUCAAUCAGGGAUUACGAUGAAUAUGGAUUUACGAUUGCAAUGGACUACAAAAUUGAGGACCUGAAGCUCCUUGCUAAGAUCCAGGCUCUGGAGAUUCGAUCCCAAGCCCUGCUGAACCAGGAGGAAUGCGACGGGCCAUUGUUGGCUCGUUGCGCUCAGCUCCUGUUUGGACGCCCUGAAGGAGAACUGUCUUCAUCCACAGAACUGAAGAAUCUCCUCCGGACGGGCUUACCACGCGAGUACCGUGCGAGGGUUUGGCGCUUUAUUAUACAGACUAGGACCAAGUCUCUAAAAGAGCGUCAACCCGACCGCUAUCAGGAACUGUGCGAGAAGAGCAGAACAUCGCCUCACCUGGUGCCCAGACAGAUUCAGCUGGACCUGGAUCGUACGCUGACCUCCAAUCAAUACUUUUCCCCUCCUUCAAGCCCCUUGAUUCAGAAGCUGGAGAGAGUUCUGCAGGCGUUCUCUUGGCAAAACCCUACCAUCGGCUACGUGCAGGGACUCAACAGUAUGCAUGAUUGCAACUUUACACCAAGCCAAAAUGUGAUCAUAUUUCUAUUUCAGGAUGAUUUGAAGGCACAUAAAACUCAGAACCAGUACCUAAACUCUGAGAUCUAUCAUCUGACGACACUUUGGAGAAAAAGUUGCGAACAGGAGCAAAGUCUGAUAGUAAAGUGUGCUGUUCUGGAGGCCAACAGCUGUCAGAUGGAAAGCAGAUACCUGGGAAUCCUCCAGAAGCUCCAGGAUAGUAAGGAAUUGAAUCCAGAGCAGAGAGAAGUGGUCAAGAAGGUGGUUAAGGAUGCAGUUCGGUCAGACCUGAGGACUGCCGUCAAACUAAACUCAAUCAGGGAUUACGAUGAAUAUGGAUUUACGAUUGCAAUGGACUACAAAAUUGAGGACCUGAAGCUCCUUGCUAAGAUCCAGGCUCUGGAGAUUCGAUCCCAAGCCCUGCUGAACCAGGAGGAAUGCGACGGGCCAUUGUUGGCUCGUUGCGCUCAGCUCCUGUUUGGACGCCCUGAAGGAGAACUGUCUUCAUCCACAGAACUGAAGAAUCUCCUCCGGACGGGCUUACCACGCGAGUACCGUGCGAGGGUUUGGCGCUUUAUUAUACAGACUAGGACCAAGUCUCUAAAAGAGCGUCAACCCGACCGCUAUCAGGAACUGUGCGAGAAGAGCAGAACAUCGCCUCACCUGGUGCCCAGACAGAUUCAGCUGGACCUGGAUCGUACGCUGACCUCCAAUCAAUACUUUUCCCCUCCUUCAAGCCCCUUGAUUCAGAAGCUGGAGAGAGUUCUGCAGGCGUUCUCUUGGCAAAACCCUACCAUCGGCUACGUGCAGGGACUCAACAGACUGGCAGCCAUUGCUCUGCUGGUACUACAGGAUGAGGAAGAUGCCUUCUGGUGCUUGGUAGUGAUUGUGGACUACAUCAUGCCUCCCCAUUACUACACUAAAGACCUGGUGGGCUGUCAGGCUGACCAGCGUGUGCUAAAGGACCUCAUGUCUGAGAAGCUGCCUCGACUCACGGCUCAUCUGGAAGCGCUAAAAGUAGACGUAUCACUCAUCACUGUUGAAUGGUUUCUGGUGUUGUUCGUUGAGAGUCUGCCUACACGCAUACUGUUUAAAGUAUGGGACGCCUUCCUGUAUGAGGGCAUCAAGGUGAUAUUUCGCUAUGCAUUGGCUCUUUUCAAAUACAAAGAGGAAAUCAUCUUAAAGAUCGAUGACAGUGUUGAGAUGUACCAGUAUCUCCGCAUCUUCCCCUACACCAUUGCAGAUGGAAGGAAGCUGACAAGCAUUGCCUUCAACGAUAUGAACCCACUGCCCAUGAAGCUGCUACAGAACCGUCGUGCUGCACAUCUGGAACGCCUCCAUGCUGAGAUUAAAGAGCUGGAGAACUUACGGAAAGCAUACAAAGCUGAACAAGUCCAGUGCAAAGACAAAGAGUUGGACACCCUGGCUAGUGAGGAUGAAGAGGAGGUAUAAGACAUCAAACAUAAGCUCUUGAUGCAUGUGCUGAAGCCUUGAAUGCUGAGUGAGAAACACUAAAGAAAACGAACUCCUCAACAUUUAUUCACCCUCAUGUUGUUCCAAACCCACAAGUAUAAGUUCUUUUCCAUUUAAUGAAAGUGAAUGGAGAUGGCACAAUAAAUUAAUCUAUUUAACCAUAUUGCAAGUCUUCCAAAGCUAUAUAAUGAGUGGAUAUAUGACGAGGAAAAGACCAAACACAAAUAUCAUUUGCAAAAAAAAA